AAAACUGUUUAGCUGUGUCAGUGUUAUCAGAUGAUUGGAUUGCGGAAGAUUAAUUCGAAAGUGGUGUUGUGUACGAAGGCUGUUAACCGGUUUCGUGCUAUGAUGAAUGAGAGCUCCUUCCAUACCACCAGCUCGGAUAAAGCAGAAUUCAAAGAUCUACUCCAUAAAGCGCAAAACGUAGUUGUCCUGACUGGAGCUGGUUGUAGUGCUGAAAGUGGCAUCCCUACUUUUCGCGGUUCUGGCGGCUUGUGGAGGACUUUCAGAGCUCAGGAUCUAGCGACGCCAGAAUCGUUUGCAAGAAAUCCCUCGUUAGUUUGGGAGUUUUACAGUUACAGGCGUGAAGUUGUUUUGACAAAACAGCCAAACAAAGCCCAUUAUGCUAUUGCUGAAUUUCAGAGGAGCCUAAAAGGCGAAGGAAGAAGUGUGACUGUUAUCACUCAGAAUAUUGAUGAAUUGCACCAAGUAGCAGGCGCUAAAGAUGUUUUAGAGCUUCAUGGUUAGAGUACUUAAUCCCUUAUGUCAUACAUUAAGUAAUGCGUGUCAUGAUAAUGUAUCGCUCUAAUCGACGGAAGCUUCAACGGCCCCCUGGGCAUACCCCUGGUAUUUGACACAUUUUCCUUGCCUGGCCGGGGGAAUAGAAUGUGAUAGUAAUAUUAUCAAAUUCUAUCCCAGGGGGUGGGGAACACGAUUCCAAUGCAUAGUAAGGGGUGGGAAAUUUACAGCCUAGCCUUGAGUUCUUGUGGUAUGUCUAGACCCCUCAAUGCUAGUUUUGGAUGACUGAUACACAUAAAUUCAGUAUAAUUUUUUCAUCCCUCAAAUGAAAUUAACAGGUGCAGUAUUUAGUGGCAUACUUCGUGAGAAAAGCAAUAUAAAAAUUAUAUUACCCAACAUGUAGGUACCCUGUUCAAGACCAGAUGUACCUCUUGUGGUCAUGUAACAGAAAACCGGAGGAGCCCAAUAGUUCCAGCCUUAGAGGGAAAGGGGUAAGAUGCCUAUAUCAAUAUUUUGCUGUCUAAAAUGAAAUUCAGGACAUACACGUAAUGGUUUCAACCUAGAUUGAUUUUCAGUUUCCUAACCCUAAUAUUAUUCAUGAUGAUCAUGAAUAACACACAAUAGUGUUUAGGGGACAAAGUAAAUUGGUCAAUUUUGACCGGUAACAUAAUAAUUAUAUCAUUUUAUUUCCACUUUUUUAAUUAAUUUUUUUGUUUUUACUAAAUCUAGAGCCCCAGAUCCUGAUGCUCAAGAUGCCAAAAUCCCAGAGGAAGACUUGCCCAGGUACAUGAAACUGGUCAAAUGACCCAUCAGAUUAGUUACAAGCCCUUUUUGAGGAGUUUAAAAUUACCGGUAGUUUUGAUUUGGAAGUGAAGCUGAAGGCAUAGAGUACAAUAGUCAUUUCAAGUCUUCAAAAAAUGGAAUUGACAGAGAACUUGGCAACGCAUACAUCUCUGUUUCAUUUCAUCGAAAUAUUGUUUGGAUGUAGCAUUAAAUUUGUCAGGCCUGAAGGGGUAACAAGAGUAUGAUAAUCAGGAAUCUCAUUUUUGGUUUACCUACAGAUGUGAUCAGCCCAACUGUCGGGCAUUAGUUCGUCCCCACGUGGUGUGGUUUGGAGAGGGCCUUAAUCGUGGUGUAUUAAAUGCAGUUGAUCAAGCCUUGGAUAAAUGUGAUAUGUGUCUUUUGGUGAGGUUAAGUUUUAUUUACAGUGAGUGAAUGAAUGAAUGAAUGAAUGAAUGAAUGAAUGAAUGAAUGAAUGAAUGAAUGUUGUGGUUCAGUUUUAAUAAUAAUAAUAAUAAUAAUAAUAAUAACAAUGAUAUAAUAAUAAAUUUUUUAUUAAAAUCUCAUAAAAAUGUUAUAAAAACUACACACAAAAUGUUUGUAAAAUAUUCAUAAAAAUAAAACGUCCACAUCAAUAUUAUAUAAAUACAAAUUUCCGGCAAAACCCCUUCACAAUUCAGAAUUCUAAGAUUCUAAUUAAAAACUAAAUAUAUGUCUACGAUAGAAAACUAUUUACAAUUGUGAAUAAUUUAAGAGUGGGAAAAGGAAAAUCAAGCAUUACUAAGAAAAAACUAUCAAAAAUCUUGGCCUAAAAUUAUGGGUGCAGAUGUAGACCAGCUACAGCGAAAGUGAAGUCUUCUGAGACCUCACGGGAUUUGAAUGGAUAUCUAGAACCUCUGACGCAUCUGUGUACAGUUCUUAAUAUAGCAAAUGAGAGCUGUAUUCGAAGCCAUGAAGCCUAUACUAGCAUAGGGUUCAUUGUUCUUAGUUGAAAGCUUAUUUGCGAGAGUUCUUAAAAAGUUCUGACAGUCGAGUCCCAUGCCCCCAUUUGUACCAAACACCAGUGGUGUAAAAGUUCCCAUCUCUACAUCCAUCACUCUCUGAUUGUAUUUCCUCUUCUUCUCGUUUUAUAUAAUAAUAAUAAUAAUAAUAAUAAUAAUACUAAUAAUAAUAAUAAUAAUAAUAACAACAAUUUUUAUCCUUGGUCGAAAUUUUAUUUCCCAUUGUUUUGGGGUAUGGUAAUAUAAUGAGUUUAAACAAAGGGUAAACCAAGAAUAAAAUUCAACCACAACAUAAUACCGUAAAAUUCCGAAAAUAAGCCCCGGGGCUUAUAUUUUUCAAAGGCCCUUUUUGAGGGGCUUAUUUUUGGAGGGGCUUAUAUUCGGAGGGGCUUAUCUAUGGAGGGAAAUUUGCGUUUCAAAACCAAUUGGGCUAGCCUUAUAGUUGGAAGUGAAUUUACCGUUCCUGCUUUGUUUUACUUUGUAUUUGAGGGCAAUUUUCCAAGGACAAGCCCCUGGGGGGCUUAUAUUUGGAGAGGCUAUUUAACGGAGGGUUUUUUGCAUUACCCGCUUGGGGGGCUUAUAUUUGGAGGAGCUUGUACAUGGAGGGGCUUAUUUUCGGAAUUUUACGGUAAUUAUUAUACUCUGCACCACAAUAAAGAUGUUAGUCCCACCUUCUGUGUUUUUUUUUUUUUUUUUUAAGACUAUAAUAAUUAACAGGGGUGGAGGAGGCCCCUUGGAAUGAGUUUGCUUGCUGCCCCAAAAUGUAACCCAGCGUAGGUUUACUCGCCCUUGAUACUAGGAUAACGUUGCUGCUCUGUUGUUUUCUUUUUUUGGAUGAAUAAGUGAAUUAAGGUUGUCAUAAUCUUUUAGGUUGGCACAUCAUCUGUGGUUUACCCUGCGGCUGGAUUUGCUCCAAUGUUAGCCACUAAAGGGGUUCCAGUUGCUGAGUUUAACAUGGAAGAGACUCCAUGCACAGGAGCGUUCAGGUACCUUGAUGCACCCUAUAUCAGUAAUUAA